AUGAGUGAUCUUCCGAAUACUCGAGUAACUCCGUCACAUCCUUUCACACAUACUGGCUUAGACUUCGGCGGUCCAUUUGUUGUGAGGGAACAUAAGCGUCGUAAUGCAAGGCUACUUAAGGUAUAUAUAUGCAUUUUCAUAUGCUUUUCCACCAAGGCAGUGCACAUAGAAUUGGUGGCUGACUUAUCAUCAGAGGCUUUCCUAGCUUCAUUUAAACGAUUCAUGGCGCGAAGAGGCAGGGUCGCAUGCCUGUAUUCGGACAAUGGGACGAAUUUUGUGGGAGCAGCUAGAGAACUUAACGACUUGCAUGAGAUGUUUGCGAAGGAACAAGUACAGCGAAAAUUAAAUGACUUCUUUGUAGAAGCACAAAUUCAGUGGCAAAACAUACCUCCUAAUGCUCCGCACUUUGGAGGUCUUUGGGAGGCAGCUAUCAAGUCUGCCAAGUAUCAUAUGAAAAGAAUUAUAGGCAAUGCUUCUCUUAAUUAUGACGAAAUGUCAACAGCAAUCACUGAGAUUGAGGCUAUUUUAAAUUCACGUCCUGUAAGUCCAAUGUCAAACGAUCCAAAUGAUGUUCAAGCGUUAACACCUGGACAUUUUCUUAUUGGUAAACCAUUAAAUAGCUAUAGUCAUCCGAGUCUAGAAGACAUUCAGAUAAAUCGUUUAAGCCGAUGGCAAUUGGUAGAAAGAUUACGCCAACAUUUUUGGCAACGGUGGCAUGUUGAAUAUCUCAACAAUUUACAAGGUCGAAGUAAAUGGAUGAGUAAUAAAGGCCAACCUCUUAAAGUUGGACAACUGGUUGUAAUUCAACAACCAGGGCUGGCACCCUUGCAAUGGUUAAUGGGACGUGUGUUGAGUAUAUACAGAAGUUCUGACAAUAAGAUUCGAUCAGCUGAAAUUAAAACUAGUAAUAGCAUAAUUACUCGCCCAUUGACUCGACUAGCGAUAUUACCGAUAGACGUUUAA